AUGAAUACUAGCGUUUCCGCCUACACCAACCUCGAGUCGUUGCUGCUGUUCCAGUGCCUCCAUGCCUAUGGCGUAGGGCCCGCCGUCUUCGGUAGGAUAUCCGAUUUGCUGAAGAAACACCCGGACAUUACCGCCCACAAGUACUUCCAGACCGGCCGCCUCAGUCCUGAUGCGCUGCGCAACUUCUACCUGGAGCGUCUGAAGAGGGAGAUUGAGCACGAGCAGGGCGGCGACAGCGAGGGCCAGAAUGGGGAAGUCGCUAACUCGGGCAAGAGAAAGAGGCAUAGCCCAAGCCUGCCGACCGUCCAAGAGUCGCUGCAGCACCAGCACCUCAUCCCGAAGCUCGUCACAAAGCUAUACGCGUCGUAUCGCUAUGAGAUUACGGAGCAGAUCAGGCUAGAGGAGGAGCGGUACGAGAGGUUGCAGCGCGAGAUCAAGGGCAUCGAGCGUGGAGAAUGGGACGACCAGUUGAGAGAGCGGUCCACCGGCCGGACACCGACGUCGCGAAGCCCUCAGCUACCUAGGAAAUCGCCGCAUCUGGCGCCAAAGGCCUUGCAGCCGAAUGCCAGCCCGACUCCUGUCCAGAAUGGAACGCGAGGUGGUCCCAUCAUCGCGCCUUCCCCAGAUCCUGCUCAACAACAACAACAACAACCACCACCACCACCAGGAUCAGCGCUACCACCCCAGAACGGGCAGCUCUCGCCGUCUCAGCGCAAGAAGCAUCCUUCUUUGGAUGGACGGCAAACACCCUCCACUCCGCAGCCGAUUCUCAACCAGCCGCUAGCACCACCGCCGCGAUCCCAGCAAACACCACAGCUUCCCCCAAACUACAAUAGCGCACCGCAUCCGAAUGCCCCUCUCUAUCCCCAGAAUAUACAAUCCCAGACGAUCAGCCAUCCUUCACAAACGCGGUCGCCGGCACCUCAAUUCCAGCCUCAGCCAGUUCAAGACUACGCGACAAAUGGAGUACCUCACUAUGGUCCCCCGGGAUCCCAGACGCAAUACCCUCCGCCACACCAACAAUACCCUCUGCAGCAGCCUUCGGGUCCUCAGUCCCCUGGUGUCCACCCAGGGCAACAGCAGAGGCCUCAUUACCUUCCUUCAGGACACCAGCCAUACCCUCCCCUGCAACCGCAGAUGCCCCAGCCGCCGCCUCAGGCAGGGUUCAUGCUUCCACCGUUCCAGGUUGCGCCUCAAGAUCCGUCGCGCGUUCACCAUCAAGCUGCUGUCCCGCCGCAAUACCCUCAGAUAUCCACGCCUGCCAGCAACCGACAACCAUCCAGAGCAAACGUACAAACCCCUGGUGCUGGCAGACAAGGCGCACCGCAGAUGCAUCCCCUUGUGAUUCAGGCGAGGCACUCUUUCUCCACGCCGAUCAAUCCACGCUCACCGCAUAGCGCUCUAGCAACUCCCGUGUCGGCUAAGAGUCUCUGGAAGCGAUCAAGCUUUACUGGAACGUCCGGCACUCCUGAAAGCCCUCGUCCCGAAGUAUUACCUCUCGACGACGUACCGCCUCUGAUCCGACACAAACAGACACCGCCAAAGGCAAAGAUGCAGCGCAAACCACGAGCAAAAGGCAAAGGGAAGGAGGCAGAGCAGGAGUCGGUCAUAGACGUCGAGACACCACAAAACUCCAAGCAGUCCCACGACCAAGAAGAAGACUCUUUGCUAGAACCCGAGACUCGGUCUGGGCGCUCACGGAGAAAGGCACCUGCGAAACGAACAAGGCCUGGUAGCAUUGCCUCAUCUCGAGCAGGUGGCUCCGUGCGGGACCGAAGUAGAAGCCAAUCCAUUCUAUCGCAUACCGAGACAGUAGCGGCAGACAAUGAAUCGCAAGCCGGUAACCGGAUCAAGUCAGAGCGUGGAACCUCAGUAGACCCUGCUGAUGAGGAGGGCUCCUUCGACACACCAUCACACAUGUCCACGCGCCGACGAGGUGCAGCUCCAACCUCAUCAUCGCUUUCAACGCGCCGAAAACGCAAUGCCCGUGAGGCUUCUCUCGACGAGACUGAGGAGGCGUCCUACAGCACACCAGGCCCACCCAAGACUCUAGUUGCACCACGGAACUUCGCCCGCACCACGGCACCCAUGAUGUACGACAUCAACUCCCACAAGCAUGCCUCAACCUUCAAUACCGCUGUUCGCGCAAAAGAUGCGGAGGGCUACUACGACAUCAUCAAGCGCCCCACGGACCUCUCUUCUAUCAAGAAGGCCAUAGCCACAGGCUCAAAGCAAGUUGCCGCAGCCGCAGCCGCGUCCGACAACCCUACUGGUAGCCCUGGUGGUGCGACAGGAGGCGUUGUCGAGUUGCCCAUCACGGCAGACAAUGUGCCGCCAAAGGCCAUUGUAAACGCUGCGCAGUUGGAGAAGGAAUUGAUGCGUAUGUUCGUCAACGCGGUCAUGUUCAAUCCUGGAGAAGAGGGUGUGGUGAGCGAUGCGAGGGAUAUGUUCCAGACUGUUCAAGGGCUAGUCAGUACUUGGAGAGAUGUAGAGAGGGACAGUGGACGUGUUGGAAAUGAGGGUACGCCGUCAGUUGAAGAAGAGGAUCAACCCACGGCGAGCAAACGAAGGAAGAUAUAG